AUGGCUGUAUCUUCAGGUGUCUGGGCUGAAGCCAUUCCACUGCAAACAGCCUGGGGCCUGAGAGAGGUGUCAUCACGCGAUGGCCAGCCCAAGUCCAUGAAGGAGGAGCUCGACAGAAUUGGCUACACUGGUGAAUGCGCGGCUUCGUAUCGCACAAAUCCCUUUGCUGCUCACUUCGAGCUGCACAUCGAGCGAGGACCUAUUCUGGAAGAUUUAAAGCAAAAGCUUGGUGUCGCUUUCAAAUGGUUCAACAUCACAGUCAAGGGUCGCGAUAGUCACGCCGGCACAACGCCGCUGUCCGCGCGCAAGGACCCGGUACUCUGUGCAAGCAAGCUCGUCGUUGCGGCCAAUACCGUCGCCCAUGAUUUCAGCGGCUUCGCUACGACGGGCAUCUUCACCACAGAUCCAGGAAGCGUCAACACAAUGCCGCACACGGCCAAGUUCAGCCUUGACAUGCGUCACGUCGAGGACGCAGUGUUGGGGGAAAUGGUCCGCCGCUGCGAGGAGGAGCUUGAGCGUAUCGGCAAAGAUGACAGCGGACAAGGGUGCAUUGUGGAGUGGAAGCUGCUGUUCGAUAGUCCAGCCGUUCAGUUCCAUCCGGAUUGCAUCGCUGCUGUUGAGGCGAGUGCAGCUGAUGUGUGCUCUACGCUUCCCGAGGCUGGUGAGCACAAGCUGUUCAGACCAAUUAUCAGCGGCGCCGGACAUGACAGUUGCUACACUAACCUGCAGGUGCCGAUAAGCAUGGUCUUCACACUGACGAGGGAGGGUAUCAGCCACAACCCUACAGAAUACUGCUCAUCGGAGGACUGGUAUGAUUAUUCUCAUCAUCCUGAUUUAUUAAACGAAUCUGACAUGUGCAAAGCGCGAUGGGUGCCAAACGUGUUACUCGGAACAGUACUGCGGUAUGAUAAACUGCGUGCCGGAAAACAAAUGCCAUGA